GAGAAAUUCAAUUAGCACAACUUAAACAACCACCACCUUAUUUAGAAUUACUACUUACAGGAGAAGAUUCAGAAUCUAAUAAACCUUUUGUUAAUAAAAUAAGAGCUUAUAAUCAAGUAUUUGCUUUUACUUCAAUUAGUGGUGCAACAUUAGAUAAAGAUCUUGCUAAUGCCAAACAAGGGGUUUAUACUUAUAAAAUUAAAGGACAACAUUAUCAUCAAUAUGGUUCUUUAAUGCCUAAACAUAUUGAAGAUAAAAAACCUAAACCAACUUUUGCUCAAAUAUAUUUUUAUGAUGGUGAAGAUUUUGAAAGCCAAAUCAAUAGAAGACAUAAAAUGAUGAAAGAAACAUUAAAUAAGGAUAUGUUAGAAGCACUUCAAUGGGAAUUAUAUAAUAAAAAUCCUUUUGUUCAAACUUUUAUAUCUGCAAAAAAUAAAGAACAAGAAUAUCAAAAAUUACAAGAAUUACAUGAAGAAGAGGAUUUAAAUGAAAAAAUAGAAGUAUUAUAUAUAGCAUUACAUAAUACUCAUAGCAAGGAUAUGAGAAAUUAUAAUACACCAACAGCUGCAGAAAUAGCUGUAGUAUAUUUUAAUUUUGAUAAUCAAGAACCAAAUAAAAGAGAUAUUCUUAUUUAUAGAAAUGAUAAUAGAUUAGUAAGAAUAUCAGAAAUGCAUGGUGCUUAUGAUCCUUUACAAUAUCCUUUAUUAUUUUUAUAUGAAGAAUAUGGUUGGCAUAAAGCAAUUGAACAAAAUAUAAAAAUUAUUGAACGUCAAAAAUAUCUUCAAGAAACAGUAGAAGCAAUUGAUGAGGAAAUAGAAUUUCCAAUUAGUUCUGAUCAUGAACAUUCUGAUGAUAAUGAAGAAUUAAAAUCAUCAAAACUUCAACAAAAAAAGAAAGGCAAAAGAAAAACUGUUACAAUUAGAGAGUUUGUGGUAUAUAGAUUUAUGAUUAGAGACUCAAAUAGAACAAAAAGUACUUUACAUUAUGCUGGAAGAUUAUUUCAACAAUAUAUAGUAGAUCAAUAUGUAAAAUGGAAAACAAACAAUUUAUGUUGGCAAUAUAAAAAUCAAGCCAAGUUGAGAACAGAAACAUAUUAUGGAUUAAAUGAUAUGAUUUCUAAUGAAGAUGCAAAUAUAAAUAAACUUGGUAAACAAAUAAUAUUGCCAUCAAGUUUUACAGGAUCUACAAGAUAUUUUCAGCAAUUAUAUCAAGAUGCAAUGGCAAUUGUUAGAGAAUUUGGAAAACCUAAUUUAUUUAUAACAGUAACAUGCAAUCCAACCUGGCCUGAAAUUACAAAUGAACUUUUACCAAAUCAAAAAUCUUCUGAUAGGCCAGAUUUAAUUGCAAGGGUUUUUAAAUUAAAAUUAAAUGCAAUAACUGAUGAUUUAUUUAAUAAAGGAGUUCUUGGAAAAGUUAUUGCUCAUGUACAUGUAAUUGAGUUUCAAAAAAGAGGAUUACUACAUGUACAUAUAUUAAUGAUAAUGGCACCUGAAGAUAAACCACAAACUCCAGAAGACUUUGAUCGAAUAGUAUCUGCUGAGAUUCCAGAUAAGGAUAAACAACCAAAAUUAUAUAAAACAAUUAGCAAAAAUAUGAUUCAUGGACCCUGUGGAAGUAUAAAUCCAUCAUCUCCAUGUAUGGUUGAUAGAAAAUGUAGUAAAUAUUUUCCAAGAGAUUUUGCUACUACAAGUACAACAAAUAAAAAUAGAUAUCCUACUUAUAGAAGAAGAAAUAAUAAAAGAAUAAUUAAGAAAAAAAGUGUAUCAAUAAAUAUUGACAAUAUAUGGAUUGUUCCUUAUAAUCCAUAUUUAAGUUAA